AUGGAGAAAUUGAAACGUCAUUCUACUAGUGGGAAAGCUACCUGCGAAACCAUUCCUUUUUCCAAAACUAAAAGAGAUGGGAAUUGGCAAUCGGCGGCUCUUACCACCUGCUUACCCUCCGAUGGUUCUAUCAUUUAUGAUGAACAUCAAAAUAUCUUAACGGGUAACAACAUGAUACCCUGGUCAAGUAUCACUAGCCAUGUCACACCACGAUCCGCGAAACCGAUAGCCAUCCCAUAUCUACCCACCGAAAUUAUCAACAACAUCAUAUCCCAAGCCGACGACUUACAAUCAUUAAAGAAUUGGGCGCUAGUUAGUUGGACAUGCAAUGAUAUUGCUGAACGAAUACUUUGGUCAAACAUCACUAUCAAUACCUCCCAAUUUUAUGAUCCAGCCUACCCCUCAGACGGACAAGACCCUGUUCAAAUCCUUCGUCAUGAAAGUUACGAAAGACGGAAUAACACACAUUUACUGCCGAAAUGGAUGGGAAUGAAAAGAGGAGAUCUAAGAGUGCCUUCAAUUGUUUCGAGGCUUUCAAUGGUCAAAAACUUCGCUCUUAGGACAGUUUGGGAUGUCGACUCGCGAGAUUUACCCCAAGGUGGUUCAAGAGAAGAUUGGAGGAUCCAAGAAGUUUAUAAAGAUUUAUUUCCCAUGAUGAAUAACCUUUAUACGCUACGAAUUGACGGUGAGGUUAAUAGAAGAACCUGGAAUUUAUUACUCGCAUUACCAUCCCUUCGAGAAUUAAGGAUAUGGCGAACUACAACAGUUGACUCUCAAGCUCUUCUAGACAGGUAUCAUCCAGCAGAAGCCAUCAAUCAAUUCUCUCAGAAGGAUAAACAAGAGCUAGUAGAAAACAUGGUACUAAAUUUCCAAGGUUUAUCAAGACUAACAACUUUCGAGAUUGGUUUGCUAUCACCUUUGGAAUCGGCAGCCUUAGGUGCUGCAGUCAGGGAAAGCAACCUUGAAGUCCUUCACAUUGCUGUCACCCGUGAUAAUAGAUCCUUUAAUGAUCAAGGAGCACUCACUUUGGCAAGAUUUUGGGAGAAUCUUGUACCCAAAGAGAUCGAUGAUACUUCACCAAUUAUUCAGAAUACAAAUAUUGGUUUCCCAGCAUCUAUGCGUGAACUGGUUCUCGAAGAUGAUGCACAUCUUCCUAUCGCUCCUCCAAAGAUUGUACAACAAUCAUUCCGCAGAUGCAGGAACAAUUUGACAAGAUUUUACUUCGACUUUUUAGACGAAUCUUUGCUCACUCACGUUCUCAGUUGUUCUUCCGAGAGAAAUCCCCUCUUCCCCCGCCUAACUCAUCUUCACUUACCUUGGCCCGAGUCUGAGAGACAUGAUUACCGCCACCCUCGUGCCAUGAGCAGAGUCAUGAUCCCUUUUAUUGAAUCACACAAGCCUACUCUUCAAUCCUUUCAACUUCUUAACGCAGCCGAAGAUAACCGACUAUUAAAAUAUGAAAAUCCAUUAAACAAAGUGCUUAAGGAAUGGAUGUCCAUCAAGGAGAUUCGGCUGGACUCAGAACAUACUGCCGAUCAUUAUUCCAAUGUUCCUAGAGGACAAGAAUGGACUCGACCUGCAGAUUUCCUGUCCGUCGACGGUGGGGGUUAUUGGGGUGACGAUCUUCGCCGGGCUAGGCUUGAUCGAUUUGAUCUUACUAACAUCGAUGUCGGUUUUAAAUCUUAUCGAGCAUGGCAUAAUAUCAAAGUUCUUGUCCUGAAUCCUGGGUUGUUAUGGAAUUAUGGUCUUCUUCCCGAUCCACAUGAUAAAUCUAGCCCCCGACUCAGAUCAAUAGACCAAGAUCAUCUUUUGGGUAUGAAACAUCUAGCAGGGUCCGAAUGUGAGAAUUUAGAACUUGCGGAGAGAAUUUCUCGAAAAAUGGGGCCAAAUCUUCGUGUACUCUCAAUUCGUGAUUGCAGAUUCUGGAUUGAGAGAUAUGGUGGACCAAUCUGGCAUCUCGGAGAUGCUCUUGCGGAUCCUGAACAACGUCGACAGAUUCGACGUGCUUUGGAUCAAAGGGAUUGGGACUUUUUAUCGGAGAGAUCUACUACCGAUACUCAAGAAGCUGCCAAUACUGCUACGUUCCUCAGGAACGACAUUUAUUCUCCAAUUCAACCACCUUUUGGAUCCAUUCCACGUCCAGUCUCUCCUGCCUCUAUCAUUAGUGACGCUAUGACCGAAUCGGAACAUGGUUCGGAAGAUGAAGAUGAAGUGAUGCAUUUUGGAAGUGAGAAUGGGGAUGAAGAUGAUAGAUCUGAAGAUGGGACUAUAGCAGCGGAAUCGGACGAUGAGCCGGAAUUUCAUGCAGAUAUGCCUUUGUUACCUCAUACAAUGAGGUCGGUUGACGAGACAAGACUUGAUGCAGAUAUGACUUUGUUCACACACACAGAACUACCAUUUUACAUUCAUAAUGGAGUUGCUAGGCAGUCUUUAUCUGGACAUUUAUAUGAAUAA